CCGGAUUAUUAAUACUCUUGUGUAGGACUUGCACGCGCUAUCCAACAAAUUAAAUAUUUGUUUUUUUAAAUUGCCUUUUUGAACCUUCCAUUUUUUUGUGGGGAUGGUUGGGGAUUUGUUUGUUGGAUUGUGCAAGGGGAAAGAGUGAGACACCCCGUGCUUGCCUUUUCUCGAUCCUGCAAAGUCCUGGAAGGAGAAGGAUGGUGCACAACAUUGUAACCCGCACGGCCAUGGAAUUCUGCCUGCCUCAGGUGCCGAGGGUUAUGUGAGGGUCCUGGCCAGGGAGCGGGUGCAGGGGUAACAGGCGUCUCGAAGGACGGGUGGGCUUUGAGCUCCUCUGCUGUGACGGGGUCUACCGAUUUUAACCAGCAUUCCUCAUGCCACUCAUCAUCAACAAAGUUUGCGACGAUGGCACUACCAGCUCACCAAUUACCAUGGAAGAGGGGAAGGCUCUCAUCGAGUCACUUAUAAAGGUGGUGGCAUGUUAUCGUCACCUGGCCUCAUGCGUUGGUGGGUGCACAGACAACCUACACCUUCGCUGUGAGCUGCAGCAAACCCGGGAGAGGGCCCAUAAGUUAGCAGUAGCCUGCCGUCACCACCUCACGGCAAGGCUACGGGAUAAGACGCUUCCCCCAGAGGAGAGGCAGGAGAUGGAACGACUCUGGGUGGCCUUCACCUCCAGCCUGGAACUCCUGCACGUGGACAUGUGCAAAGUCUUGAACAUGGGUUCCAACUUCUCCCUAGUCAACACUAGUGCACUGGUGAAGACGGGCAUACAAGGUGAAACCAGAGAGGUGGCAGCGCGAGCUCUCAGCUUGGCAGACCUGAACCGCGCAGAGGAUCCGGUUCCCGGCAGUUUGGAGGACCUGGAGCAAGGGCAGCUGAAAGAAGAGAUUGUUCGCGUGGACCAAAUGCUGGAGGAUAUGGAGGAGAAAGUCAAUGUCCCGCGCUGGAUGGUGGAAGCCCGCGGGCCCCAGUAUGCCGACCCGGCCAGCAUGGACAGCACCUCGCUGGGCCUCUAUUCAAUGGACGAGGAGGCCAGUGUCCAACACGAGCAGCGCUGUGAGCGCAGCCAGGUGUUUGUUAUACUGGCACUGUGUGGUGUGAUACUGGUGGCGGCUGUGCUGUCAGUCUGCGUGAUCUAUUUCUCGUGAGGAGGAUUGCCUCAGUGGAUUUUACCCAGAUUUAAUUUUUUGAAACAACAUCUGGUUUUCAGUGUUAUAGUGAUUAGGCAGGACCUUCUAUUGGAGAAUUGAUCUACUACAGCUAUGUUGUCCCAUCCUGGGUUUUGACCGAUUGUUAGUCUGUGGAGACUCUGUAACUACAUCACUUGCACUAUGUAUUUCUAAUGUUAUUACAACUGCAACCCAUCUAUGGUUGUGCGUUGAAGUGUGAUAACACAUUAACUUGUUGUUUAAUACAACUAAGUGGACAUCGUAUUCCCAUUUGAACGUUAUUGUCCUUUUCAAGGCCUGAAGUCACAGCAAUCACAUGGUGGGAUUCUGGCUGUCUUUGUAGUGGGUGAAAAAUGUAUUCUGCCUAAAUAUCCAUGUAGAAGUGAUCGGUGUGGCCGGUGGGAUUUCCCCUUAAGGCAUGGAAGGGCUUUUUCUCAUACAAAUAAGUGAAUAGAAAUAAAAUAAAUGUACUGUUAAGAGUUAGAAUUGUAGAAUACACAAUGUGCAAUAUUCAAAUGUGGUUGAGCAGUAUUUUUCAGAGACCUUCAAUGAGCCAGUUUUAGCAACAAAACAUUUUUUGUCGUAAACUAGUCUAGUAAUCAACUAUGUAAAAUGCACAGAUAUAACAUAUUUAUACAUAUUAGAGCAUACAACUUCUGAUGGACUGCUAAAUUUGUCAGACUUUGUCUGCUUGUAUAAAACUAAAUGAUUUAAUACUGUAUGGAAGUAUUAUAGCUGAUGUAAUAAAGGAUAUGUACAUGUUUA